CCAUCCUUUCUCCUACCUCCCUUCCCCGGCCUAGACGAUGCCGUGGUGGAGACAGCGGAGGAGGCCACAGAGCCCGCCGAGGCGGACAUCACGGGGCUGUGCCAGGACAUGUUCUCCAAAGUGGCCAUGUACCUGAUGGGCGAGCUCACAGCUACCAGUGAAGACUAUAAACUUCUGGAAAAUAUGAACAAACUGACUAGCUUGAAGUAUCUAGAAAUGAAAGAUAUUGCAGUAAACAUAAGUAGAAACCUAAAGGACUUAAACCAGAAAUAUGCAGCACUUCAGCCUUAUCUGGAUCAGAUCACUCUAAUUGAGGAGCAAGUAGCAGCUCUUGAGCAGGCAGCUUACAAAUUGGAUGCAUAUUCAAAGAAACUAGAAGCAAAGUACAAGAAGUUAGAGAGGCGAUGAAAGAAUUCUUCAGCUCAGACUUUUAACUACAAGAAUAUUUUAUAAGAGCUGAAAUAAGUGGGAUGGAACUUAUCACUAUGCUUCAAUUCCUAAA